AUGGCUUCACAAGUGCAACAGCCCCUGCAGAGCUUCUGGCGAGAUGCACAUGCUCAGGCACUUUGUGAGGCUCUGGUCCACAAGUACUUUGUACUCACGGCAGCAGAUCUGGAGAAGUGGGCCUCUAGUCCUGAGGACUUCUACCAUGGAAAUGAUGGUGGAAACACGUCUGAAAAUUUGAGGGGGAGCAUGGAGUUGCUCUUCAGUGUCCUCCUGAGGACAUACAGGGAACAGUUGGCUCCUGUUGUUGCCCAGAUGCUGCACAGCGCACCGGCUGUCAGUUCUGCACUGGAGCCUGUGCUCGUCAGAGAGGCAAUCUACGCUGCUGUGUGCAUAGGAUCAUCAGAUCUGUACGACUAUGUGGACUUUGGGAGCUGGUUCAGGACAGCACUCAUGCAGGAAUUGGGGGACACCACACCUGCCCACUCGCCUCUGCGGAGAAGGGCGGCACUUGUGGUAUCCUCUUGGGUUUCAAAACUCUCUGAAGGUGACCGUGUCCUGGCAUACAAACUGCUGGUGGAACUCUUGGCUGAGGCAGACAUGUGCCUGAAGCUCUCAGCUGUGAAGUCACUGCGCGAGCUAAUUGACGACUGGGACUUCAAAGAAAAGGCCUUUGAGCCAUUUGUGUCUCCUUGCUUGGAGCUCCUAUGUGCAGCCCUGCGAUCUUCUGAAGAACUCGACACACAUAUUCAGGUUUUCAGCCUUUUCAACCUCAUCAUUGAGCGCAUGCUGGGUGACAUUAAACAGCUUGCUCCCAGCCUUGCACAAUUGCUGCCUCACAUCUGGGAGCAAGCACAAGAGCAGAACCUGCUGAGAAUGCAGGUGUUGAUUGCCUACCAACAUCUGAUCAAUGCACUGGGGGCGGAUUCUCCCUCAACAUAUCAAUGGGUGAUACCAAUGAUAAGCCACUCAGUGAACGUGGACCACCCAGACUCACUGAACUUGAUGGAAGAUGGCCUGGAAUUGCUACUGGUGGCAUUGAGAAAUGCACCAAUGCACACUGGCGAGCCACUGCUGGAGGUAGUUCAACAGCUGGGAAAAAUUUUGGAGCGGUCUGCAGAAAUGGUGCCUCUAUUGAUGCGUAUCAUGUCAAGCUGCAUACUGCUUGGUGGCGCUUCACUGCUCACUCGAUAUGGCAGUGCCUUGUCUGCCAUGCUCUGCAGUCUGAUUGGCAACGUGAGGGACAGUGCCUAUCACCUCAUCUGCCGUGUCUUGGAAAUUGCCCUGAAAGUAGCCCCAACAGAAGCACUGCAAGCUUUUGAAGACCCCAUCAGGCAGCUUCUGGGUGUCUUGAUGUCCAUGAGCAGGGAGGGCAGUUUCGAUUCACUUGUGUUCGCCCAAGGGUGCGUCGUCUUUGGACGCGUACUGCUCAUGGACGUGCAGUACUUUUGGCAGUUCUUUCAGAAGUCGGCCCAGAGUGGAAUGUUCGGCGAUGCUGAUGGCGCCAAGCUGAUGAUGGGAUUUGUGGACCUGUGGAUGGACCAGUUUGACGCCCUGCCAUCUGAGGCAGCCCGAAAGCUGUGCGCCCUUGCACUCUGCAACCUCCUCACGAUCCCAUGCCCCCAGGUUUUGGGCCAGUUGGGCCCCAUUUUGGCAUGCAUCACGGCCGUGUGUCACGAGCUCGAGGGCGGCGUGCUGCCACAGAGGCAAGUGGACGCGUCGGGGGACAGGUCGUAUGGAUUCGCCAACGAGUCCAUGAUGCACGAGCAGCUGGGGGUUGCGGCCAUCGGCUCGGAGGAUGCGCAGCCAGAAGUGGACCGCAAGAGAGAGGUGUACACUGCAGACCCUUCCAACAGCCUCAAGGUGUCCCAGUAUUUCAAACAGAAGCUGGCGGAAGCCGGCAGUGUGCAUGGUGCGACAUUCAAUGCAGCAGUGUCCUCGGUUCACCCCACUCUGGUGGAGCAAGUGAAGAGUAUCGUGGGAACCUGA